AUGUCAGAUCAGAGACGACUGCCUGAUUUUCAGGCCUAUACUAUCGGAUGGAUCGCUGCUCUGGACAAAGAACUCACAGCCGCACUUGCUAUGCUCGACGAAAGACACCAACAACCAGGAAACUUCAUUCAAAAUCAACGAGAUACGAACAGCUACUCUUGGGGCCGGAUCGGUGCUCACAAUGUCAUCAUCGCUUCAUUAGCCGAAGGAAGCUAUGGUCUUGUGUCGGCAGCAACGACUGCGAACAGCAUGAUCCUCUCGCUUCCGCAGAUUCGAUUCGGUCUCAUGGUCGGCAUCGGUGCCGGUAUCCCUAGGAUAGAAAACGGUAUUGACAUCCGCCUCGGCGACGUUGUGGUUAGUCGGCCCACCGAUGGGUCUUCGGGAGUCAUACAGUAUGAUUUGGGGAAGUUGAGGGGAAAUGGCGAAUUCCAGCGAGUUGGUUCGCUUGCUCCUCCACCAGCAGUCUUGCUUAAAGGGUUAGCAAAGUUGAAAGCUGAUCAGCGACUCAAUGGCAACCAGUUGCCGAGGAUCUUAGCUGAUGCGCUCAAACUCUUUCCACGGCUGGCCGAACCGUGCGGUAAAGACGCAGCAUUCAUUCAUCAAGGACCUCAGAACGAUCGAUUAUUCGCAGCGUCAUCGACACAUGUGCAAGUCGGGAAACUACAGGGCUCUGUACGUCCGGGAAAAAAAGUCUCAAUGAACUUCGCUCAGCUUUCCUACCAUCAUCUUCGCAUCUCAACAGCUUGGGUUUGGAGUAUGAUAGUGCUUCUUCUCAUCUCACAGUGGAGGUCUGAAAACGACAGAAUCGGUGCCGAAUCGGCUUCAAAUGGUCAGGCUGGAGAAGCAAGGCCUCAAAGCAUUAAUGCGAAGUUCGGAGCUUGCAUACACUGCAAUCCUGAAGAUGAACUCAAAAGAGACGAUCGAAUCGAUACUGACCCUGAGAUCCACUAUGGCAUCAUUGCUUCCGGAAACUCGGUUGUCAAAGACAGCAUUUCCCGAGACCAAAUCCUGCAACAACUUGAGACAGGGUGUCUUUGUUUUGAAAUGGAGGCAGCCGGUCUGAUGAAUGACUUCCCCUGUCUCGUGAUCAGAGGAAUUUGUGACUACGCAGACAGCCACAAGAAUGAUAGGUGGCAAAACUAUGCGGCGAUUGUUGCCGCUGCGUAUGCCAAAGAGCUACUGUUAGUAAUGGAGGGCAUGAAUGUGGAACAAACCAGGAAAAUAGGAGAGAUUAUGGAAAAAGUCUCUCAGAUCGAGGCAACCACAAAGGAGACACAUCGGAAAGUCGAGCAGUUGACCGCUGGCAAUCGUUCCGGCAAAAUUCAUUCAUGGCUUUCUGCACCAGACCCAUCGAUCGAUCACAACAAGGCAUUCAAUUUACAACAUGAUGGCACGGGCCAGUGGUUUCUUGACACGAAGGAGUAUCUGGACUGGAAGACAAAUCCCGGGUCAUCCCUAUGGCUGUAUGGCGGCCCAGGAUGUGGCAAGACGAUCCUAAGCUCGACGAUCGUCAGAGAUCUACGAGGCAGCACGAGCAUCUGCCUUUAUUUCUAUUUUACCUUCACAAACACUGAGAAGCAGUCGCUGGACGGUGCAAUCCGAUCUCUCAUAGAACAACUUCACUGCCAGAGCAAGGCUGCUCAAGAAUAUCUCGACUCGGUCUUCGAAUCCAGAGGAGCCAGUUCAGCACAACCGGACAAUGACUCUCUGUGCUCAUGGUUCAAUGCUAUGCUUGAGGUAGCCGGCGAAGUCUGGAUUGUUCUCGAUGCGCUUGAUGAACGGGAUUUACUUCGCGAAUGCCAACAAGGCCAAGCGCUUAAAAAUAAAGGGCUGCUACAUUGGAUCAAAACUCUUCUGGAAUCUGAAGGGGCGAAAUUUCAUAUUUUGGUCACAAGUCGCCAAGAAGAAGACAUUCGUCGUGUUUUGAAGGAUAUCAUUCCCAAGGACAUGCAGAUUCCUCUGCGGAACAAGUCAGUCAAUAAAGACAUACGAGCAUUUAUCCGAUCGACACUCAGGACAUGGGGCGACCUGCCAGAAUGGCGAAACAACGAGUCUUCUCGGGAACAGGUCGAAAAAUACCUGAGCGAAAAAGCCGACGGAAUGUUUCGCUGGGUAUCAUGUCAACUUUUUGAACUUCGGCACUGCUUGAAUGACGAGGAGCUCCGAUCAUCCUUGAACUCGCUGCCGACGACCUUAGAUGAGACUUAUGCGAGAAUCCUGGAUAGAAUUCCUGCUGUACAUCAACAAAAAGCAUGGAUAAUCUUGCAAUUUUUGCUCCAUUCGGAAGAUCCCCUACGUCUGGAGGAAGCCGUCGACAUCAUCGCAGUAUCUCCUGAAGCAAAAAAACACAAUCCGAUAUUCAAUCCCGCAUCAAGGCCAGACAAAGACGAUUUUUCAAUCUACUGCCCUAGCCUGGUCGUGUCUGUCACUAGAACUGUUGGAUCCAAGGGGAAGACAGUGGAGACUCUUCAGCUCGCGCAUUUCUCAGUAAAAGAAUAUCUCCUCUCAGACCGCAUGGAGACAAAGUUCCCUUGUGCCUUUGAGGAACGCAUCGCUAAAUCAGUAAUGGCGAGAGUAUGCCUUGCAUACUUAUUGAGCAUGGAUUAUAGUCUUCUACCAGCGGAGUUUGAAUCUUCGUACCCAUUAGCGCCGUAUGCUGCGCAGUACUGGGCUCGAUAUGCUGCUCGAGCUGAUUCCGACACCAUUGCCCCUCUUGUUCGAGAGUUCCUUGGUCAUAGAGACUGCUACGGAGUUUGCUUUCAGCUUUCUGACUUUCAUCUUGAAUGUGAUCAAGAAGCGAGAUACGAACGCUCCUAUCGACAGGAACAAAAAUGGAAUCCCGAUCUUUGCCUCGAAGACUACCUCUACGACCGCGAAUACCAGCGUAUGACAGAGGCUGUCAUACUACCAGACACAAGUAUGAGUGUAGCGAUGCAAAUGUAUUGCGAGCGGUUGUUUCAAGAAGAGAAUGAUGGUCCCCUUCAUUUAUUCUACUUCUGUGUAUUCGAAGGUCUGGUGUUUGCUGUGGAGGAGGUUCUGAAGGCAAACCCAAAGCUCGUCAACGCCAAAAGUGGAAAUGGUACCACGGCUCUUCAAGUCGCUGCCUUAAAUGGUCAUACAGAGGUUGUGGUAAUGCUCCUCAGCAGAGGGGCAAACCUGCAUGCAAAGGGUGGACAAAACGGCACCGCUCUUCAAGCCGCCUCACUCAGCGGUCACGAAGUUGUUGUGGAAAUCCUACUUGAUAAGGGAGCGGACUGCAAUGCGCAGGGAGGUAAAUAUGGGACCGCUCUUCAGGCUGCCUCAUACAGAGGCCAUGAUGCUGUCGCAAACAUCCUCAUUGGCAAGGGAGCAGACUUGAACACACAGGGCGGGCAAUUUGGUACAGCUCUGGCGGCUGCCUCAACCUAUGACCACAAGACUACUGUACAGCUUCUCAUCAAAAAGGGGGCAGACGUCAAUGCAAAGGUCAGUGCACCACGGAAAACCGCUCUCGGGGCCGCUGCUUUGAAUUCUCAUGAAGAAAUCGUGGGGAUUCUGUUGAAUGAAGGAGCAGUCGCAAGUUUGUCUUCCACUGGUGUCGACAUCCUUGCUCGUUAUUGGCAAACCGUUAUCGAAGUCCUUCGUAGCACAGGGGUCGAAGUCGGUGAAAGGGCUGUGGAUGCUUCGAGGAGAUCGACCACGCUCUCCCUCCAGAUCAGCUUAAUGCUCCUCAGUAAGAUGUCUCAUGCGGACACAGUUGCAUAUUUUAGCAACGUUCUUGUUCCAGCUUCUAGAGAAGGGCACUUUGAGAUCGCCCAUGCACUGAUAGAAAGAGGUGCAAAGACCAAUGUCACAGACGCCGACGUAUCUAUCGAAUUCGACUACAAAUGCCACCCUCUUUAUACUGCAUCUUGCGGUAACCAGUCUAAGAUCAUUAAGCUGAUGCCUCUGGACGAUAUUGGUGCAGACACAGUCUACGAGAGUGUGCUCUCAGCACUUCAGUUCGACUGCUUUGAUGCGGCCGAGGAGCUUCUCAAGCAUUUCAGCCCCCGUCGAAACCGGCGAGUCAACAUACCACAGGAGAUUCUUCAAAACGCUUUGCAACAUGCAUGUUUCCACGGAAAACAUCGUCUGGUGAAAAAACUGCUUGAGAGUGGAGCAUCUGCAAACGAGGUGGACAAGAACGGAGUCAGCCUGCUUCAACAGAUGUAUAGGAGUUCGAGGCUGAUAAUUGCUGACCUCCUUCUUCAACAUAGUGCGAAAGGCAAGACACAAGAAUUUACCAUUGAUCCCCACUUUAUUAUUCAGUGCGAACGUUUUUUUUUGGGAGUGGCCGGCGUCGCCAAAAUAUACAAAAGGAGGGAAGAUUACCUUGCAUACAACGUAUGUGUCGAGAUUGGGGAGGGAGGAAAAGUGAGUGUAUAUGUAUCUUAG